AUGGGGAGUAACGGGCGUCCCUCCUACGUAGCACCGGGUGGUCACUUGCGGUCACUGGCGGUCUCAGGUAGGGGUGCCCACGAUGAUGCAUCGAUCUCUGCUCCUUCCCUGUGGUCAACAACACGCGAGCAACUUCUCAGCACCCCUUCGCCACCCCAGGAAACUGGAGACUUGGCAUACCGUGGCACGUUCAGUCUCGAACAACUUAGGGCGCUGAACGAUCCAGAUAUUGCGGAGCUGUGCUCCAGGAAAAUUAUUUCGAUAUGGCUUGGGCCGGACAAACAUUGUGUUUUCUACCCCGUCAGGGAGGGCAAGGAAUUCAACCUCGUCAUUGCGCGACCGGACAACAUGCCACGCGGGACCAGGACGAUGCAAGGAGACAUACAGGAGCUAAGAGAAUGCUUUAUUGGGUGGGAUUCAACCAUCACAAAAAUAAUCUCGUGCCUGUCUUCCGUUUCCAAGUGGAAACUCUGUCAUCACUAUGACCUGGAGAGCUGGACAAAGGGCUCCGUCGUCAUCAUAGGCGACGCAUCCCACCCAACCCUACCAUACCUCGCCCAAGGCGCUGCCAUGGCGGCCGAAGACGGCGCCCAGUUAGGCAAGCUCCUCGGACUGCUCCAAUCCGCUGCUAGGAGCAUGGACAUGGCGGUCAAACCCCUGAUCCCCGAAGCACUCAAGUUGUUCGAGGCUCUGCGCAAAUCGAGAACGAACACCAUUGUCCUCGGCGCCAUUUCGAAUCGGGAAUGGUUCCACGUCGCGGAUGGGCCCAAACAAAGAUUGAGGGACGAGGGAAUGGCCGCUGCGAUGAAGGGGGAGGAGCCCAGGAAUAAGUGGAGUUAUCAUGAUGCAAGGUACCAGGCUGAGCUUUUAGGAUUUGAUGCAGUUGAUGAGAUAGAAAAGGCGUUUGGGGAAUGGUGGGAGGGUAAGAGCACCGGGAGAAAUGGGAGCGUUGGGAAUUAG